CCGGCCCAGUCCUCGCUUCUGAAGAGCGCGCCGCGAGGGGGCCGGGCCGGUUACUUCCUCCACCGCGGCGCCGAGCGCGGAGUGGCCCGCGAGUCCGCGUCCAUCCCCGGCCUCCGCGCGCGCCGGGCCCGAUCCCGGAUCCCCGAUCCCCGAUCCCGCCCGUGCUCGAGGGCCUCCCGCGGCGCCACCGAGAGACCCGGCCCGGAGCUCCGCCGCCGGCCGCCGGCCCUGCCCCGCGGCGCGAAACCUCAUGUGCGUCCUACCCUCAGCACAAGGGUUCAGAGGCUGGUGGCUGCCAUAUUGGCCCACACAGACCUGGUGUAAGUCCAGACCAUCAGAACCCCAGUGAGCAGAUUUGUACUUGGGAUUGCUUCCUCGUGAAGAGACACACAGCCAGGUGACACACAGAGCCAGAUGAAUGAUUUUGGAAUCAAGAAUAUGGACCAAGUAGCUCCUGUGGCUAACAGUUUUCGAGGGACACUCAAGCGCCAGCCAGCCUUUGACACCUUCGAUGGGUCUCUGUUUGCUGUUUUCCCCUCUCUAAAUGAAGAGCAAACACUCCAAGAAGUGCCAACAGGCUUGGAUUCCAUUUCUCAUGACUCCGCCAGCUGCGAGCUCCCUCUGCUGACCCCCUGCAGCAAGGCUGUGAUGAGCCAGGCCUUGAAAGCCACCUUCAGCGGCUUCCAGAAGGAGCGGCGGCGGCUUGGCAUCCCGAAGAACCCCUGGCUGUGGAGUGAGCAGCAGGUGUGCCAGUGGCUUCUCUGGGCCACCAACGAGUUCAGCCUGGUGAAUGUGAACCUGCAGCGUUUCGGCAUGAACGGCCAGGUCCUGUGCGACCUGGGGAAGGAGCGUUUCCUGGAGCUGGCACCUGACUUCGUGGGCGACAUUCUGUGGGAGCAUCUGGAGCAGAUGAUCAAAGAAAACCAAGAAAAGGCAGAAGAUCAGUAUGAAGAAAAUUCGCACCUCAACUCAGUCCCUCAGUGGGUUAACAACAACACAUUAGGUUUUGGCGUGGAGCAGUCCCCGUACGGAAUGCAGACCCCAAGUUACCCCAAGGGUGGCCUCCUGGACGCCCUGUGUCCGUCCUCCACGGCGCCUGGGGUGCUGAGCUCCGAGCAGGACUUUCAGAUGUUCUCCAAGUCUCGCCUCAGCACCGUCAGUGGUAACUACUGCUCCGUGGGCCAGGACUUUCCCGGCGGCAACUUGAACCUGCUGGCCAGCAGCACUGGGAAGCCCAAAGACCACAACUCGCCCAAGAAUGGCGGGGACAGCUUCGAGAGCUCAGACUCGCUGCUGCGCUCCUGGAACAGCCAGUCAUCCCUGCUGGACGUGCAGCGCGUGCCUUCCUUCGAGAGCUUCGAGGACGACUGCAGCCAGGCCCUGUGCCUGGGGAAGCCGACCAUCUCCUUUAAGGACUACAUCCAGGAGCGCAGCGACCCGGUGGAGCAGGGCAAACCCGUCAUCCCCGCGGCUGUGCUGGCUGGCUUUACAGGAAGUGGACCCAUCCAGCUGUGGCAGUUUCUCCUGGAGUUGCUCUCUGACAAGUCUUGCCAGUCGUUCAUCAGCUGGACAGGAGACGGAUGGGAGUUUAAGCUCGCUGACCCUGAUGAGGUGGCUCGCCGGUGGGGAAAGAGGAAAAAUAAGCCCAAGAUGAACUACGAGAAGCUGAGCCGGGGUCUACGCUACUACUACGACAAGAACAUCAUCCACAAGACGUCGGGCAAGCGCUAUGUGUACCGCUUCGUCUGCGACCUGCAGAAUUUGCUGGGGUUCACGGCGGAGGAGCUGCACGCCAUCCUGGGGGUCCAGCCUGACACAGAGGACUGAGGGCCCGGGACCACCCUGAGCCCACCCCAGGCCCAGGGGACCCUGAGUGGGAAGCCUGUGCCGCCGACUGCUCCAAGGACCCCUGAGAGGCGUCCGGGAAAGUCACUGAGCAGUGGCCUUAUUUCGUCCCAGGAUGGGCUUCUCUGACAAGGCUGUGCCCCCCACAGGGCAGACUCGCAGCUCCUGGACUCUGGAGUCUUUGGUGGGCAGUGUCACAUGGCAGAGGUUGCCAGGGCCUCUGGGGAGCCAGCCUGUGUCUGCCCAGGCCACGCCACACAGCAGGUACUUCCUGGGAUUCUCUUAGGAGGGAGCAUGUCUCAGACACAAGACCAUUUGCUACACAGUUUUCGACUUCAGCAAGGAGGAGCAAACUGUCUCUGCUGGAGAGAAAUAGCAGGGUGGGGAGGAAACCAGUUGCCAUUUCAGAAGUUUGUAUAUAGGGUUGUAAUCUUACAGUUGCUGUUGGAAUCCUCGUACCAUUCUAUUUAACAGAAAUUAUAUAUUGUAAUUUAAAAUAAUUAUGUAACUAUUUGAAAUAAGAAUGCAGACAUCCACUAUGUUAUUCCAUUUUUUGGGAGUGGCAUUUUACAAAGAUUUAAUCUGCCACCACGGCAAAUUACGAACAUUGUAAAGUUCGUAAAGUGCUAUUUUCAUACAAUAUACCUAGAGGAAUAAGGUCUGCGGGGGUCCUCCCUGGUUUUUUGCUUUUUAUUGUUGUUUGUCUUUGUUUUGCCUUGGUUAUUAUCCGUCAAGGACUUUGUACAUUUGGGGAUUUUUUUUAUAAGAAAUUUAAUGUUAUUACCUUGGAAUGAGGAGAAUGCCUGGCCUCUCCGUUUUCUCCUUUAAUUGUAAAGUAAAAGCUAUAAAGCAGUAUUUUUCUUGACAAAUGGCAUAUGUUUUCCACUUUUAUGCAUGCCUUUAAAUCAGUUUGUACACAGAUGUCCUUUAUUUUCUGGUGUUAACCGUGUUCUUCCCAACAACGCACCUCACCCUAGCCAACCGCUUCCUUCCUGUGCCUCACGUUACUCUGUGAUUAAAAUAAGAAUACUAUUUUUGGAAAUAUGCGACUCCUUUUCAGAGAUCAGGAGGGAUUUAUGUAGCAGCUAUUUUUACUGCAAAAGUAAUUCACUGGAAAAAAAUGUAAUUUGUACGAAAGCUUUAUUUUUAUCUCAGCUGCGUGUAAAGUUAGAGUGUUGUACAGAGUGGCAAAGGUGGGACUUGGGACGGGGAGGGGUCGCUGUGAAACCCUGACCCUGAUGAUGAAUGAAGUAUGCCUUGUCUUAUCUGGGACCAUCUGGACGGCAUGCUCUGCUUUCUGCUCAGUGUCUUCAGCAAGAUGCUCUUUUGGGGUUUUGGUUUUGUUUUCCUUCCCAAUUUUCCUGGACACAAUACCCAGAGGCACAGAGAAAGCCAGACAGGCAAGAAUUCGUAGCAGUGGUGCACUGAUCCAUCUGACGAGUUCAGGAGUGUCGAAGUCCACCGUGUAAUUCUGGCGUUUUUAGAAGGUCCAGUGACAUUGACUUCCAGGUGGGACAGACUUUGCUGCCUCCUGGCAAACUGGCUUUGGACGUUUCCAGAGUGUCAGAAUUAUCAUGUGACGAGACCGUGGAAUGGGUCCAGGGCAAGCUGGGAGCAGCAGAGCCAGCCCUGGGAUGACUGCCUACGUGCCCAGAAGCGACACUUGCAGCAGAGUCAAGCACAGGAUAUUUUUUCCAAGUGGGACCUAUUUAUCACUGGGACAUCUGUUUAUAAUAUAAACAGACGUGAUGGGAACAUCUUGCUGCCAAAAGAAAGCAUAGCCCUCAGCUCAAUAUGAGCUUGAACCACAUAAAAUUGCCUGUUUGGGGCUGGUUUAUAUCAGCAAAGAUGGCAGCUUAAUGUAGUGCGACCUAAUGGUUUUGGAAACAUGAGUCCCUAGGAGCCUUUGGCAUGGUAAUGGAUGGAUCUGAAGUAUAAAAGAUUUUGUAAUUUGGCCUUUCCGAAAUAAUAAAGUAUUUGAUUUAUGUAAACAGCACCUCGUAAUAGUUCCCAUUCUUCUUCCCCACUCCUGAAAUGAAGGAGGUGGGAGGGUUUUAACUACAACCUUCACUACCCCCACUUCCUGUCAGUGAACGUCCAGUCUGAGUGGUGUCACCCCAGAGUGCACUCAGCCCCACCUCAAGGAAUCCCAAAAAUGUGCUCCUUAAAAUGAAAACUUCGUUUAAGACAGGAUUGCAAUAGAAAGAUUCAGGGGUCUUGGGUAACUGAGAAGAGAUUUUUGGGGAUGUUUGGUGAAGCAGAUGAGCCCGCAAGGUUUCAGCACUUCUGCACUUUGAUACCAUAGCAGCCACGUCCCUUCGCUAGAGUGCUGACGCCGACAGUGAGGUGACAUCUAAAGACCAGCGUGGUUCUCUGGGAUCCUUAACCCCUCUGAAUGCAUGAGAACACUGCGGUGGCACACAUCUCUUCCCGACUCCCAGUGAAGAGAGUAUUCACACCACCGGGAUCAGCAAACACUGCCACAAAACAGCUUCCUCUCCCUGUAGGGACCUCAUUAACUCACCAGCAAACCACUAGAUAACCCCAUAAAUGGCUUCCAGAUUAGGGGCAGGGGGUGGAGCUCAGGUAGAACUUUGGCCUAGCAUGAGAAAGGCCCUGGGUUCAAUCCCCAGAACCACCAAAAAAGUUACCAUAUUUGAAAUUAGAACAAAUCCUAGAUUGUUUUAUAGUAACUAUGGUAUUGUUUCACAUGUUUACAAAUCUCUUUAAUGUUUGCUGUAAUAAAAGAGAUGGAUUCUUCUA